AGCUACAGAAUCACGCCUUCGAAGCGGGCAACACGGAAAACGGUCAGACUCACAGUGAGUCUAAAUCAAAAUGGAGACGGCACCGGUCGGCGUCGAUGAUGUCUCUCCCGCCACGGCGAUCUCCCGGUGGAGUUUCAGAGUGUCGCAGCGGUACCAACAUCUGCUUGACAAGUCGACCCCGUACGUGCUCCACCGUUGGAUCGCUUUCCUCAUGGUCGCCUCCGUCUAUGUCCUUCGCGUCUAUGUCGUACAAGGGUUCUACAUCGUGUCGUACGGCCUCGGAAUCUACAUCCUGAACCUCCUCAUAGGGUUUCUCUCUCCCCAGGUGGAACCCGAGAUCCAGGGUCUCUCCGAGGGCCCCACGCUCCCAACACGUGGUUCCGAUGAAUUCCGGCCCUUCGUUCGUCGGCUACCGGAGUUUAAGUUCUGGUACUCUAUCACAAAGGCAUUUUGCAUUGCUUUUGUGAUGACAUUCUUUAGUGCAUUUGAUGUACCUGUGUUCUGGCCAAUACUGCUUUUCUACUGGCUGUCACUCUUCAUUCUCACCAUGAGGCGACAGAUAACACACAUGAUCAAAUACAAAUACGUUCCAUUCUCACUCGGAAAGCAGCGGUAUGAUGGGAAGAGAGCAUCCUCAACUGAAAGCAUGAAUCUUUCUAAGGAUUGAGUUCUUCAGUGCCUUCUGAGGAUAUGUUGGUAGGCAAAAGUGCUUUUCGACUAGUUUCUGCAUCAUGGAUGAUCGUUCAUUUUCCCUUGAUUUUUUCUGGGCAAGCUUUUGUAUAUCCUCCUGGAAAUUUUGUUUUGAAGGGGGGAGAUGAAGCAGUUCCUGAUAGAAGCUUUUGUAUAUGAUGAAGCUUUUUUUUUUUUUUUUUUUUUUCUCUUUUCCUUUUUUACUACUAGCAUAAAAUAUCCUUUUGUAUAGAAGGGCACAUGCUACAUUCCCCCGUUGCUGAUAUACUUAAUAUAGUAGCAUAUGUUUCGCGGA